UAAAUUUAGAUAUAAAUAAGUAACGAGAGCACUAUUUUGUAUUCAUUUAUAAUCAGUGAAUUAAGUGUCACUAAGCUACUUUCAAAAUGAAGGCAGCACUACUUUUUUUAGUAGCUGUUGCGACAUAUUGCUCAGCAACUCCAGUUAAAUUAAGUAGCGAAGCUGUCAGGAAGUAUGUCAACGAUUCCAGGUAUAUAGUUCGUGAAACAGAGAAGGGACUUUAUGAAGUUGAAGAUCUUACUGAAUUAGCAACAGAAGUUUUCGCUACUGAAGAUGACAUUACCUUCUAUUUUUUCUCACAAUCGAAUCGCAAUGGUGUCGAAAUCAAGGAAAGUCAGUUACACGAUAUUGUUAGACUUACUGGUUUCGAUAUUAAUAAAGAAACAUUAGUGGUUAUCCAUGGAUGGCAAAACGACUACACAUCACCCGUGAACGAUCAUAUCAAAACCGCAGCUUUGCAAGGUCACGACAUCAAUGUUAUUGUCGUCGAUUGGAGUCCAAUUGCUGCACGGAGAUACAUCAUAGCCCAACCUGCUGUACUCAGAGUUGGCAACUAUAUUGGAGACUUCUUGCUUAGAUUGGAUAAUGAACUAGGACAUAGACUGACAAAAGUUUCGUUAGUUGGGCACUCAUUGGGAGCUCAUAUUGCUGGAAAUAUUGGAGCCAGGACUGGUGGAUUGGUAGAUAACAUCAUUGGUUUGGACCCUGCGGGACCUUUUUUUACCCAAAGGAAUAUCGACAAUAGGCUGGACCCCACUGAUGCUCGCUAUGUUCAAGUCAUCCACACCAAUGAUGGAGUUUUAGGAUUUGGAAUUAUAAUGGGACAUGCUGAUUACUACCCCAACGGCGGAAAAAUUCAGCCAGGAUGUGGAAUCGACAUAGUAGGAAGUUGCGCACAUAGCAGGGCCUAUGUAUACUACGCAGAGAGUUUAAACAACAACAAUUUCAUCUCGAGAUUAUGUUCAAGCUACUCCGACUUUUCAUCUAAUAGAUGUAAUUCCAACACAACUAGCUUUUUGGGAAGUUUCCCAAUUGAUAAAACGGCUACUGGAGAGUACUUCCUUGAAACAAACAGUAAUUCUCCAUAUGCUAGAGGUUAAAUGAUGGAAUCAGUUAUUGUGCUUCGUAUAACAUCUGUAAAUUAUGUUUGAAUCAAAUGUAAAUAAUUUUUUUUUGAAAAAUUUGGAUGGCUGAUAAAGAUAUAUGUUUA